AUGGCGGAUCGGUUCUUCGAUAAUGUGAUGCCCGACCUCGUGAGGGAGACGAAAAGUGAAGCGGGAGGAGAUUCGCUCAUGAACCUUCUUGCUAUGCCUUACUCGUCUCUCUCGCAGCAGCUCAAACGGUCCGCUCUGGAUCUUAAGGAAACCGUAGUGAUGGAAGCUUGGGGUUUCAGUGGGCAGAUUGUUGAGGACUUCACUCUUUACUCGGGAACCCUUGGAGCUGCGUUUUUACUCUUUAGAGCUUAUCAGGUCACUGGCAACGCCAACGACCUCUCCCUCUGCUUGCAAAUCGUCAAAGCUUGUGAUGCUGCUUCUGCCUCCUCAGGGGAUGUAACUUUUAUCUGUGGCCGAGCCGGCGUUUGUGGUCUCGGCGCUGCUGCAGCCAAACGUUCUGGUGAGCAAGAGUUGCUCAAUCACUAUUUGGCACAGUUCCGUCAGAUUAGACUAUCUAGCGAUCUUCCUAACGAGUUGUUAUACGGGAGAGCUGGUUAUCUAUGGGCUUGUCUGUUCGUCAACAAGUAUGUUGGUGCGGAAACUGUGCCUUCAGCUACCAUUCGCCAAGUUGCUGAGGAGAUUAUCAAGGAAGGAAGAUCAAUGGCUAAGAAUGGAAGCUCGCCGCUUAUGUUUGAAUGGUAUGGCGAAAGGUACUGGGGUGCAGCACAUGGGCUUGCUGGCGUUAUGAACGUUUUGAUGGAUGUUCAGCUGACGCCAGACGAGGCAGAGGAUGUGAAGGGAACCCUCAAGUACAUGAUCAAGAACAGGUUUCCAAGCGGAAAUUACCCUGCCAGUGAAGAGGAUAGGGGAAGAGAUCUUCUUGUCCACUGGUGUCAUGGAGCUCCUGGGAUCGCCCUCACGCUUGUGAAGGCGGCUGAGGUUUUCGGGGAGAGGGAGUUUCUGGAGGCAGGUGCAGCUGCAGCGGAGGUGGUUUGGAACCGUGGAUUGCUGAAGCGGGUGGGGAUCUGUCAUGGGAUAAGUGGGAAUGCAUAUGUUUUCCUCUCUCUUUACAGAACCACGGGAAGGAGCGAAUAUCUGUACCGUGCAAAGGCCUUCGCCAGCUUCCUGCUUGAUAGAGGCCACAAGCUGCUCUCGAAAGGAGAAAUGCACGGAGGUGACAGUCCUUAUUCCUUGUUUGAAGGCGUUGGGGGCAUGGCCUAUCUCUUCCUUGACAUGGUCGACCCAUCUCAGGCCAGGUUCCCUGGUUACGAGCUUUAA